AUGCUCGCCGACCCGCCGUCGUGGGAAAAGGGCUACCAGGGCCUGCGCACCUUUGUCGACAACUCGCUCGACAUCCACCGCCCCGAGCUGUCGCCCCUCCUCCUCCCCCUCUUCGUCCACUCGUACCUCGACCUCGUCCUCGUCGGCUACCGCGACGCCGCCGACCACUUCCUCGCCCGCUUUGCGCCCGACCACUCGCCGCUGUACCCGGGCCUGGUGCGCCUCCUCGCCUCGUUGCGCCUCGCGACCCACGUCACCGAGAACGAGCAGGCCAUGCGGUGGCGCCACGAGCGCUACCACGUCCGCCUCUCGGAGCGCGGCUGGGGCCUCCUCCUCGGCUGGCUCCAGGGCGGCGGCCUCCACGGCGCGAGCGAGGGCACCGAGGGUCGCGGCAGGGACCGCGUCCUCGCCAUCAUCAACGAGCGCGUCAAGGUCGACGCCGUACCUGGCCCCCCCCUCUCGUCGACCCUCACCUCGCACGGCCUCGCGUCCGACUACGCCUCGCUCUCGCGCGGCGGCGCGCCGCCCGCCCCGUACGGCGCCGACGGCGUCGCUCCCGCGCUGCGCCUCGGGCCGGCCAAGCUCCACCCGCAGCUCGAGCGCGAGGUCAAGCGCACGCUCAAGGACGCCGGCGAGGACGACGACGAGAUGGACGUGGGCGGCAAGAAGGAGGACAAGGCGGUCGGUGGUCCCGAGGGUGAGGGCGCAGGAGGAGCCGCUGACGGCGAGGGCGAGGGCAGCGGCGAGGGUUCGGCGGCAGCAGCAGGAGGAGCAGGCGGCGACAAGGCGGCGGGCGACUCGGGCGACGCCAAGCCGUCGCUCGUCGGCGACGCCGCGUCGAGCGACCCGUCGAGCACGUCGCUCGGCGACGCGCAGCUCAUCUCGCCGUUCAAGGACGACCUCCCGCCGUACCCGUCGUCAUUCCGCACGCUCGACGUCGCGCGCGAGGUCGAGCGCGUGCGCGAGGCGCGCAAGCGCAUCCGGCUCGGCCCCGCCGCGGUGCGCGACGACUUGCGCAAGGGCGUCGCCAAGCCGAGCGUGUGCCUGUUCACCCUGCACGACUCGGGCGACUCGCUCUCGACCGUCACCUUCUCCGAGGAUUCGACCGUCAUGGCGACCGGCUUCACCGAGUCGUACAUCCGCCUGUGGAGCCUCGACGGCAAGGGCCUGCGCGCGCUCCGCACCGACCUGUCGCCCGACGAGGCCGACAAGAUCGACACGCCCGACGGCCUCUCGAAGCUGUACCAGCCCGACGCGCCGCAAACGCGCAAGCUCAUCGCGCACUCGGGCCCCGUCUACUCGCUCUCGUUCGACCCGGUGCCCGGGCCCGCCGCCGCGCCGCGGUACCUCCUGAGCGCGUCGGCCGACACGACGGUGCGCCUGUGGUCGCUCGAGACGUACACGAACCUGGUCGUGUACCGCGGGCACCGCGAGCCCGUGUGGGCCGUCGAGUGGGGCCCGCGCGGCAUCUACUUUGCGACGGCGAGCCGCGACCGGACGGCGCGCCUGUGGACGACCGACGACGUCAACGCCGUGCGCAUCUUUGCCGGCCACCUGAGCGACGUCAACUGCCUCUCGUUCCACCCCAACUCGCUGUACCUCGCGACGGGCUCGUCGGACCGCACCUGUCGCCUGUGGGACGUCCAGAAGGGCCACUGCGUGCGUGUCUUUAUCGGGCACCGCGCCGCCGUCCAGGUCGUGCGCGUGUCGCCCGACGGGCGGUACCUCGCCUCGGCCGGCGACGACGGCCUCGUCCUCCUGUGGUCGCUCGCGACGGGCCUGCGCCUCAAGACGUUCUACGGUCACGACGCGCCGAUCAACUCGCUCGCGUUUUCGAACGAGAGCUCGGUCCUCGUGAGCGGCGCCGCCGACGACACGGUGCGCGUGUGGGACGUGGCGACGCCGCCGGGCGACGGCGCCAACCCGUCCGACGUGCCCUCGGCGCAGGGUGCGGCGGGCACGGCGGGCGCGUCGGCGGGCGGGGCCGGCGCCGGGGCAGGAGCCCCGGACCUGCUCGCGACGCUGGCGACCAAGCGCACGCCGGUGCUCGAGGUCAAGUUCACGGCGCGCAACCUGUGCCUCGCCGCCGGGGCGAUGCGCGAGGUGCCGCCGCCGGCACAGUGAGUCUCGUCUCGCUGCAACGACGGUGCGCGCAUGUCCAUG